GUGAUAAUCACAAACUAGUAAGAAGUGCUAGCGCAUUUAUAAUUAAUAUACUAUUAUUAUUUUUAGAAAACUGUAUCUCUGUUAAGCACAUAAAAAAAUCUCUUUUACCAAUGUACUUAUAAAUGUUAAAAAUGAAACUAGUCCCAAGAAUCCCUAGCAUAGUGAAUGUUCUACAGACAAGAUGUGCAAUCAAUGUCAAAAAAUGUUUAAUGCAUGGAUCACCCAGCUGUGCUCAACAGAACCAAAAGAAAACAAACACAACUAUUGAUCCCGAAGAUGUGUAUAGACAUGGACAGCUUACGAAAGACUGGUGGGAUGAACAAGGAGUACUAAAAGGUCUUCACAGUUUGAACUUGAUACGUAUACCCUUUGUAAGAGAUGGUCUGGUGCAGUGUUCUCCAGAUGAAAGAGAUCCUACUCCAUUAAAAGAUAAAAAAAUAUUGGAUGUUGGUUGUGGAGGGGGCAUUUUAUCUGAGGGUUUGGCGAAAUUAGGAGCAAGUGUUACUGGUAUUGAUGCAGGGAAAGAUCUUAUAGAAUUGGCAACGGAACAUAGUAAAAAUAAUCCGAAAUUAGCAAAUAAUCUGCCUUCAUAUUUCUGCACUACUGUUGAGGAGCACUCUCAAGAACGUAAAGAUUAUUAUGAUGCAGUUGUUGCCUCUGAAGUAAUAGAACAUGUCUACAAUAAAGAAAUAUUUGUAAAGGCAUGUGUUGAAACACUUAAGCCUGGUGGAAAAAUAUUUGUUACUACGCCAAACAGGUCAAGAAUCACCCAAAUAUUAGGAAUAUAUGUUGCAGAAUAUGUUUUAAAUAUAAUACCUCGAGGCACUCAUCAGUAUGAUAAAUUUAUGACAUCGCCGGAGCUCACUUUUUUGUUGGAAAGAAAUAAUUGCCACGUUGAGUUGACUUAUGGAAUGAUAUAUUAUCCAUUUUCUAAUAGAUGGGAACUAUCGAAGUCGCAACUUCUAGCUUUCGCCAUACAAGCAGAGAAAUUGAAAUGAUUACUAUAUGUUACGAUGUAUUAUAUAAAUAAGACAUUUUGUGAUAAUUCUGUGUACAACUGUGAAUAAAACCCAUGUAAUUUAAUAUUGCCAGCCUUGCGGCUACGUAAUUUUUGCUUUAAUAUUUACACAAAAAAGAAUAAAAAUCAAUUUUUAUUAUCUUAACUUGAAUAUAUAUGAAUAUAAUUAGAAACGCUGAUUUCGAACAUACCUCCCUAUAAGGUAUAUAAUAGGAAAAUGUUAAUAAUUAUUAUGAACUAAUGAUCCGCCCGGCUUCGCAAGGGUGAUUUCUGGAUUUCGACUACAGCGCCACCUACCGGGUCCAACUGAAAUUCAUAACAAUCCAGGAACCCAAUCAAACGCAUACAAAAAAUUUCAUCAAAAUCGUUCCAGCCGUUUUCUGGUUUUAGGGAGACCAACGUACAGCAAUUGAUUUUUAUACAUAGAGAUAAAAAUAUUUUGUGAUAUAUUUUCUUUGUAUCGGCUUUUUGUUACUUUCUUAAUUAUAACUAGUGCUUAAAAUAAUUAUAUUACCGUAAACUAGAUGAAUAAAUAUGUUGGUGAAACAGUGUUGGUGCUUACAGUGUUUAGGAAUAGUUAAGUAAAAUUAUUUUUAUAGCACUCAUGUUUGUUUGCAAAUAAGUAAAAACACCUAUAAGUACUGUUCGUGUUGUGAGUGUAUGAUAUUUUCACAGUAAAAAGUUUUGC